AUGCAGUUUUGUUGUUGCUUCUGUUGCGGAAAAGGAUCUAAUGGGAGAAAGAAGGUGAAGACUGAGCCAUUAUGGACAAUUUUUACACUUAAGGAACUUCACGCAGCCACUAACAGUUUUAAUUAUGAUAACAAACUCGGCGAAGGUCGAUUUGGUAGUGUGUAUUGGGGUCAGCUAUCGUCUGGAUCUCAAAUUGCAGUCAAGAGACUCAGGGCAUGGAGUAGCGGAGAAGAGACAGAUUUUACCGUAGAGGUCGAGGUUCUCGCACGUAUUCGCCACAAGAAUCUAUUGAGUUUGCGAGGCUACUGCGCAGAAGGACAAGAACGAAUCUUUGUUUAUGAUUACAUGCCAAAUCUGAGCUUGGUUUCACAUCUUCAUGGUCUGCAUUCCUCUGAGUCGCUUCUUGAUUGGACCAGGCGGAUGAAUAUCGCAGUAACCUCUGCUCAGGCUAUCUCAUACUUACACCAUCAUGCAACACCUCGGAUAGUCCAUGGAGAUGUGAGAGCAAGCAAUAUGCUGCUAGAUUCAGAGUUUGAAGCUGGGGUUACUGAUUUUGGAUAUGGUAAGCUGAUGCCAGAUGAAAAUGGAGCUACUAAAACCACCAAGGCUGGUGGUAAUAACAUUGGGUAUCUCUCACCAGAAUGUAUUGAAUCAGGAAGAGAAUCAUAUAUGGGAGAUGUGUAUAGUUUUGGUAUUGUUUUACUGGAGCUUGUUACCGGUAAGAGACCUAUAGAAAAACUGAACCAAACAACAAACCGGGGUAUUACUGAAUGGGUUUUACCUCUGGUUUACGAGAAGAAAUAUGGCGAGAUUGUGGAUCAAAGACUGAAUGGGAAGUAUGUGGAAGAGGAGCUGAAAAGGUUAGUUUUGGUUGCGCUUAUGUGUGCUCAGAGCGAGCCUCAGAAGAGGCCAACAAUGUCUGAGGUUGUGGAGAUGCUUAUGAAUGAAUCUAAGGAGGGGAAGCUAUAG